CCGACUCUCUCCGGCAUACAUGAAGUCCGCGUCGUAGUUUUUUAAAAGGCACGCUCUUGUACAAAAACGUAGCCACGCACGCUCUUUUUUUUUCCUCUUCGUACAAACCUCCGCCUCGCCUCGCCUCGCCUCGCCACCGUAGUGAGCAACAGAUAUAUAAAUAUUAAAUCGUGCACGUUUGUAGAAGCCUCGAAAAAAAACAAAAAAACAAAACAAAACAAAACCCGACCCACGUAGAAAAUGCAGCGUUCGGCCGCCGAUCACUGGAGAAAAAUUCUACUCCUGUAUAUUUUGCGAUUAUUUUCAUACGUGACACUGGCGCAGCACAUGAAGGUACAACUGAUUGCACCGCAAUACGUAACGAACGGCAGCUCGGCCAUCCUGUUUUGCAACCAUACCGUGGAGGACGAUAACCUGCACAAAAUAGAGUUUAUGAAGGACGAGAAGAGGAUAUUCGAGUACGUGAAGGAGAGAAAACCACCGUACAUCGGAGGGAAACGAACCGAGGGCGCUAAAUUAGAACACUCGCAGAACGGCACGACAAUCACACUGAAAGAUGUUCGAUUUGAAGCUACCGGUAGUUAUACGUGUGUAGUCACUAUGACAACACCGAUUUACUCUGCGAUUUCGGAUCCCGUACAGAUAAAAGUGAUAUUUCCACAGAAAACCAAACCCAAAAUUACGUUUAAAAAGAACAUGUACGUGGUCGGCGAGAGCUUGGAGGCAAAUUGCACCUCUUCUGUUGCGCAUCCAGUUCCUUACAUAACGUGGUUUAUAAACGGAAAAGAGCUGGAUAUUUCUUUGGUGAAUCACUUCCCGCAUACGAAGCACGGAAACGAUCUCUUCUCGGCCACCGCUCGACUGAAGGUGGAGGUUUCCGAAGAAGCGAACAACUCUUUCCCCGAGUAA